AUGAUUCAUGGCCAGGCUGCCGAGAGACCUGAUGCCAACAGGAUUUCAGAAUGUGUCGCACUCAAGCUUUUGAAGGAGUUCAAUAAAGCAAGAAACAGGCCCAGAGACAACAAGGGCAAAGUCUUUGCCAUUCCUCAGGCGAUUGUGAUGACAUACAGUCACAUUAAGCAGCUGCUUGAAGACUGCAGAGAGAUACUGGAGAAGACCAACUUGGUGCUAGUUACGGUCAACAACACUACAGUGUCGUCUUGGCUUCUUGACAGGAAAACAAGAACGGGUCGAGACACCUUGCUGCAAGGAGUGCAAUUCCAUCAGCAUGUUGGUUUGGCAAAUGAGCCGCUUCCAAAGCCUAAAGAGCUCCCAUCUGCACCUGUACAACAUGGACAUGUUGCCAUUGAAUUCCAGGAGCCUGAAAAUCGGGAGGGUGAGGCAGUUAUUCGUCAGCGUAAAUAUGCACGAACUGGAACUGCAAUGUCAUCUAUUACACACACAGAGCUAGGGCUAGGAGACACAUCGCCAUUUGGCACAGGCUAUUCUCCUGCAGCAGAAGCCCAGCAACUUCCAGGGUUGCAUACCUGGCCUGGAUAUUCUGACUGGUCUUCUCCGCUGUAUCCACCACAUCAUGGUUUGUCUUUCCAUCCACCACCGGCUCCACCAAUGCCUCACGGGUGGUCUUCCCUUCCACCAGGCCAACAGCCAUCAGCACCACCACCAUACUCUCAAGGAAGGUCUUCCUUUCAGUCAGACCAACAGCCAUCAGCACCACCACCGCACUUUCAGGGAUGGUCUUCUUUUCCACCAGGCCAACAGCCAUCAGCACCACCACCACACUCUCAGGGAUGGUCUUCCUUUCCGCCAGGUCAACAGCCAUCAGCACCACCACCACACUCUCAGGGAUGGUCUUCCUUUCUGCCAAGCCAACAGCCAUCAGCACCACCACCACAACACUCUCAGGGAUGGUCUUCCUUUCCGCCAGGCCAACAGCUAUCAGCUCCACCACCUCCUCGGAACCGACAACGUGCUUGGAGACUGCACAAGGCAGCACUUGCGGAUCAGGAAAGUAUGGCAAGAGGGGAGCCACCAAAGAAGCGUUACACUAAAGAACAUUACCAUUAUCAGUGUAAAGCAUGUGGGCACUCAAAGAGCAAACUUACUGGACAUUCCCAGGUUAAAGGAAAGUGGUAUUGUCCAGCAUCUGGUCAGACCAUUACAGAGUGGAAAGACUCUUUAACUCUUUAAGUUUUAUUUUGUCUUUAUUUUAAUAUAAAACAAUCAGCAUAACUUUUAAGUUCGGGUUUUAACUAGUACGUUCACUAGCAUCAUUUAUAUUA